GGAACAACCGUGCAUUUUUUUGCUGCUCUACCGUUUUACGCAUAACUACGUACACUGAGUCCGUGAAACCUUUUAUUUAUUUCGGACAGAAAACUGAUUCAUUAUUAAUUUUUGCAUCUAUCUUUGUGUGGUUAUUUAUUUUAAUGACGAAGAGUUAUAGAAAUAGUAUUGCUUACCGAAAAUGUGGUGUGAAAUACUGCAUAAACAAAAGUUCGGUACAUUCAAAUGUGCUGAGUUACUUUUCGUUACCAAAGGACUCAGAAAGGUAAGAAUAUUUAAAUUAACUUCUGUAUUCUUUAAUUUUCAUAUGUAUCACAACUAUUUCAUACUGGUAUACUUUUUAUGGUUUAAGACGUGCAAUAUGGAUUGAAAAUUGUAUGUUUGAAGAAAACAUUCAGAUUAAAGAUGUUCGGAUAUGUCAAGAACAUUUUGAAAACAAAAUGUUUUUGAAUAUUCUUACUAAAAACCGGUUAACAUUUAAUGCUAUCCCUACACUCUUUAACGGUAAGAUAUAACUAUAAUAAAUAUCAAUGUUCUAGAUAAUGAAAUAAUGACAUAGUAAUGAUUAUCAUUGGUUUUAGAUGAUAUACUGGCUAAACGAGCAGCGUAUACUAUUUUGGAUUUAUCUAAACCUUUAAUUUGUUCAAGUCCAAGUUUAUCUGUCAGCAGUUCACCUUCAUCCACUCAAACUACAUUGCAUCUUUCAAAUGAAACUCCUGGAGAAUUGGAGUUGAAGAUGCCUGUCAAUGUUUCGAAUUCAUCCACUCAAACCCCAUUACCCCUUUCAAAUGAAACUCCUAGAGAAUUGGAGUUGAUGAUGCCUGACAACAUUUCAAAUUCAUCCACUCAAACCCCAUCGCACCUUUCCGACGCAUCUCCUAGAGAAUUGGAAUUGAAGAUGCCUGUCAACAGUUCAACUUCAUCCACUCAAACCACAUUGCACCUUUCAAAUGCAACUCCUAGAGAAUUGAAGUUGAAGAAAAAACUCGGAUUAGCCAAGGACCAUAUUAAGACAUUAGAAAACAAGCUCUAUUUAUUAAAUCAUUUAGAUUCUGAAGAAUCUUUUUUAAAACAAUGUCAAAAGUUUUUAUCUCCAGACUUAAUUUUAGUUAUUAAAUCACAUUUAAAGCAGAAAGAAAGAAAAGAGGGGGGUAUAGAUACAACAGAAAAAAUCGUAAAAAAAAAAAGAAAACUAGCUACAUUACAACAUUAAUAACUAUUUGAUUAACAUUAGUUCAUAAGUCAUAACAAUAGCAUAACUUCAAUAUUAUUCAUAAUUACUGACACAUGCAUACAUAUACAUAUUUCUGACUGAAAAAGCCCUUCAGCAAUAGCAUCAGUACAGGUAGCCUUCUCCAGUGGACGUUUCUAAAGGUUCGAAAGAAUAAUGAAGAAUAGUAUGGUAUCAGAAUGUGUUACCUGUUAAGAUGGUAAAAAGGGGGCUAGUAAAUAUAUAUGUAUACAGAGUGAUUUUUUUUUUAUCCAGCAAUUAUCUCUGAGGAUUUUAAGUGAAUGAUUUAUAUUUUUUAUAAUCAUUAUGGAAUUAUUUAAGCUUUAUUUUAGAACCAUUUUUAAUUUUUUACCCCUACUCCAUAUAUUCUAAAUAAGUACAUAUUCUCUAUUUAAAUUUGGGUUCAAAAGGGGGAGGGUCCUAUUUGAAAAUCUUAUUUAAGAUAUAUGGAGUAGGGGUAAAAAUUAAAAAUGGUUUUAAAAUAAAGCUAAAAAGAUUCCAUAAUCAUUAAAACAAAUUCAAUUAAAAUCCUCAGAGAUAAUAUAUUUUUUAUUAUUUUGUACUACUUUAAGUUAUAUUACCUAUAAUCCUAUAAAUGUAUUUAAUUUUUAUACUAUUGAAUUUGUGAGUAAUUACAAAAUAUAAUAAAUGGGCUAACACUAUCAUGGAC